CUUAACCUCUCAUAUAGAAGUUUUGUCCAUAAAAUAAAAUAAAAAGAAAAGUGAAUAAGUUUCAGUUUAAUUACACAUUGCAGGUUGUUUACUGUGAACAACAGGUUGCCAGUGUAGCGGAAUUUUACAAAUGGCGAAUUUAAUGUUCGCAAAAUUAUUGAUCUUAUUAUCAGCAAUUGGAGGUGAGUUCACUAUAUCAGAAUAAUUAUUGUUGAAGAUUUACAUUCGAUAGUUAUGUGUGACCUAGAACGUUAAUAUUAAGGCAUUUUAAACGAACAUUGUUUUUCGAUAAUAUUUACAUUGAUUGAGUGUCAAAUUUGUAGGGUAACAAACCAUAAUAUAUUUAGCUAAAACCUGUAUCGUUUAUAUAAAAAAUCUAUAAAUUUUCCGCGAGAAGAAAAUUAUAGUAAUUAGCAAUGGAUAAUAAUACAUGUACUUGAUCUAGUGGGCUAAUGAAGGGUAUACGUAAAGCCCGGAUCAAACGAGGAUGAGAGUUGGCAGUCAUCCGUUUUGGUUAGCUGUUCUUAAUGCUUUCCCAACUCUAUCAUGUAUUUUAUCAAGUUACAUCGUAGUUGAAACACUGCCUGACAUUUAUUUUGUUAAUCUAAAGCUAGAUUUGUCCCUUGUAACAACUCGUGAUUCUCAUCAACCGUCUCAUUUUCGUUUACCGGGGCGUAAUUAAAUACUAACUCCCGUAUUCUGAAGAGCUCACUAACACUCACACUCAAUGAGUGGAAGUUCAAUGUGAUCUCAAGCUUUUCUCGAGUGUCAAUGCUGUUUUUGAAUAGCUGGAGGGUUAGUGUCAUACCUUACUAUGUGGCUACUCACCCUCCAGCUAUUCAAAAACAGCAUUGACACUCAAGAGAAGCUCAGAUUGAACCUCCACUCAUUGAGUCUGAGUGAGCUUUUAGAAUACAAGCGUAAAAGCGGAAGGAUUUUUGUAGACGGAAAUUUCGAACGAAAAUUUUAUACAUUUUAGAUCUUACUGGGCGCUGUUAAGAUAAGUGCAACUAUAUAUAGACCCUCCGACAGGAAGCCUGCAUGCAGCCCAGCAAUCCUGGUGCAGCGCUCUGAAUACUGAGCUACGGAGUCCAGUUGUCGAGAAUAACCCACUGAGCAGUUGCAUUGCGCCCUCAAUUAUUAUGUUACUCUGUCUAACGCCAGACGAUUUUACUAGUCAUUCAUCAAGGUGCGAGCGCUGGCGCUCGAUGGGUUAACCACGUUCUUGUAUAUAUGCCAUGCAGCUAAUGCCAGUGCAGCGUUACUAUAAAAUUAAUAUCGCUGCACUGGUACUGGCCUCACCUAGAGUAUACCGUAUAUAUUUAUUAUUUCUAUUGUUUUCUAUAGUUUUUUCGCUAGCAUUGGAACCACUUCCAGGAAAGUCUGGAGAAGAUCAAGGUACUAACAUGCUAUGCACUUCAAUUGGUCAUUGACAGGCCUUGUAAAAAGAAUCGAUAGACAAAGCUCCUUGACGAGUUUAUUUGCUUGUGUAUGACUUGUUCUGCGAUCAGUAUUUUCCAAGAAACGUUUAAAUUAAUUAACUACGUAUUAUUAUUUCAAGAUAAUUUUUUUGGUUCUGCAAAACUGCAUCCAACAAAAUUAAAAACAUGAAACUGUCCACUAUACCACACCUCAAAAGCGAAUUUCAAAAUAAACGAGAUUCAAUGAACAUGCACCGCGGUAAAAUGUCUGCGCAUGCGCACGAACUAAAUAUGGCGAACAUUUUAAAUUUUAUUAUUCGAAACAAAACCAUGGCUAUUUAUUCACUCGAUAUGAGUGACACAAACAAGAAAAUACAGAAGACGGGUAUAGACUAAACCUGAAUCAUGAGUCCUCUAACAUUUAAAGUAUAUAUUUUAAAGUAUAUUAUUUACAUUUAAAGUCUGGUUUGAACGGGGAUGUAUCGAGCGCUUUCUGCAUAAUGGUCAAUUACCAAAGUUUAGACGUAAAAAUAAGCAUCUUAAGAAGACAAGGCUCUUAAUAUCCCAAAUAUUCCGAGUGAGCCAUAAAGUUUAAUUAUUGUUCACGAUUCUACGCAAAAAAAAUGUUAUUGGGAAAAUAACAUGUGAACCUACGAAAAAUAUCUUUGUAUGGUUCAGUCAAAGAACUUUUUAUACAAUAAAAUUAUCGACUAAAAAUGCCAACUAAAAUUAUCAAAUGAAAUUAUCGACUAAAAAUUUUCGAAUAAAAUUAUCGACUGAAAUCCACCAUUGGUCCCUUUUCUUGCAUAAUAGUAUUUCUUGUACAUGUACUCUGUAAUUAUUUAUAGUUUUUAGGUUGUCACAUUUUCACAUUGCAUUUUCACAGAAAAAACAAAAUAUCAAAGUCGCUUCUUUUUAUUUGACAACCUUCGGAACACUUGACACAACGUUCGGAAGGCAGAUUUCAGUAAUGUUGUAGCACGCGCAGACAUUUUUCCGUGGUGUUAAGUUGUUUCACGGCAUAAUAUACGAACAAUUUCCAUAUUCAAAAACUGGUAUCAAUAGCUUUUGAAUAGGGCCAAUCUCGUUACCCGAGCAUGCCCGUUCGCAGGUUGGGUGGGCAUAGCUCUAGAGAAAUCGAAUUGAUUCACGUUGCAUUUCCAACGUGAGUUGUGCGCAUGCUCGGGAAUUGUUGCUUAUUGAGUUCUCUCAUUUCACGAUGUCAUUGUCUGUAUAAAACUGUAGGCAAAGCAACAGAGAUCUUAGUAAAAUACAUUUCUUAAAAUUGCUGAAAUUUUACAUUCUCCCUCCUUAUUUGCCAAUAUGUUUGCGAGUAUACCCGUGUCACCUGUUUACAUCUACCAAAUGUCGGGGCUUAACUCAAAUGCUUUUACCUACAAUAUGCCUACCUACUAAAAUACCAACCCCCAAGUCGAAGGGUAUUCGCUAGAAACGUCGAAGUUCUCCUUGCAUUUUUCAUGUAGUUGUAUCCCUAUCAUGGCUAUCAAUCCGAAACUUUCGUACAUAUUUACCCCAGAAUUUUUAGUUGUUUUGAAUUGAUUGCAUUGUAAAAAGUAUCAAAUCUUCGACGAAAAAUUCUAAAUACUUUGUCAAUAUUUUACAACAAUACCGAGCAUGCGCACAACUCACGUUGGAAUGCAACGUGAAUCAAUUCGAUUUCUCCAGAGCUAUGCCCCUCCCCCCGCCCUUAAGAGCCUGGGAACGAGGUUUCUCGCUGUCAACAGUGUCACCAGAUUUGGUAAUUUAAAUUACUUUUGGUAAUAUUUCGCGAUUUUUCUGACCUUUGUGGUAAUUGAAAAUUUUUGGUAAUUUUUUAGUAAUUUCUCUUAAAGUUAGUAAUAUUUUGGUUAUGUCAUGAAAUUCAACCAAAUACACCAUAAUGACACAACCUGUUAUUCAAAAAUUCAAUGCUUGCUUGCAAAGCUGUACAUCCAAAUUGCAAGCUUCUGGCCCAAGCUGUCCAGCUGAAUCGAGGGAAUCCUGCUGAUCACCACUCACCCUGUGCUGAUUGCGGGCUAGGGACCCGGGGCCCGGCCCCAAUCAUUGCGGCGUCAUAUUUGCAUUUUGCACAAUUGCAACCAAAAAGUACAAGUGAGAAAGAAAAACAUGGAAAAAACAUAGUUUCAGUGAUGGAAAGCGUUUUACUGAUUUUGUUUUGCUGAGAUGUUUUAUUGAUUUUCAGACCACUUUGGUUGACAGCAGAAAUUUAGUAAUUUUUUCUACGUUUUGGUAAUUUUUUGCAUGCUUGUUUAGUAAUUGCCUUGCAAAAUAUCUGGUCACACUGGCUGUCAAGGAAAAAUUUCCGAUUUUUACCGUAUACACACGAACAAGUAAAACUUGUAUAGCAAAACUUGUCAAGGGACACUUGCUCGCCUGUACAGGAUUUAAGAGGAAAAAAUAAUGAAUUCUUAAGAUAAUACCUUGAAAUAUGCGCGGGAUUGCUUCGCAAUUUUAUUUCUAAGGCAAACGUUCAUGCAUGAUGAUCCAAGAUUCCGAGUUUUCACAUUUCCCGGUCAGAUCAUACGAAGACUACAUUGUUAUUAUUUCUUUAUCUUUCACCAGUACGAGAAGCUGUACGCAAGGCUGAAGAAGCGGCAAAGAAAGCUGCUGAAGAAUCUGGCAAACAUGGAGAUAAUGCUGCUGAAUUGAGAGUUGCUGCAAUCAAGGCAAAACUCGCAGCGCAGAGUGCAAUUAAACAACGCCUACACAGAGUUAACAAACUACAUCCAAAGUUAAAGCCCCUCAGAAAGUGGGCACGCCCAAGUAAGCAUAACGUAUAAGAAAUGGGAAGUGGAAAGAUAGGUGCAUGUUCUCCUUAAAUGUCAAUAUAUAGAGGAUAUUAGACGGUUGCGAGGAGUAUGGAUUUUAUGUUCGAUUGGCAAAAACAAUAUCGCGAACGAGUGAGAUUUUUUUGACACGAGAACAUAAAUCCAUAUCUUUUCGCAACCGUUUAAUGUUCUGUUUAUUAUAUGGACUUAUUCAAAUUGACAGAAAUGCACACAAAGACGACAUGUAAAUAAGCUGCGAAAGACCAGUAUAAAAGCGAUAUUUUUAAAAUUAUAGUGCAAAUAUAAAACUAGAAUAAAUCAGUUUACUUAUCUCAAGAUGUCUUUUAAAUGUUUUCGUUUUAUUUCCAACGUUAAUUUCGUUUUAUAUAUGAACCAAAGGCCAUUUGUAUUUUCAAAACAACAACAAUGAAAAUGGCGGGAAAUUUUCGAACUUCGCAUAGCAAGUGUGAAAUGCGGAAAAUACGCGCAUCGAGUCCCGGAUGUAGUGGCAUAUGAGUUCUACGAGUGUUUUAGUUUCCAAAAAAACACCAUUGUCCAUAUAAUAUAUAUGUCCAUGCAUGGAAAUGGUCUAUCAUUUGGAACUAAUAAUACUAGAACGAAAAAUAAUUUACCCAUGCUCGUGACAUUUUGCAAAGCUUCUUAAAGAAAGAAAGAAAAGUGAAUUACGAGUUCAAUUCCUAGACCAGUAUUUCUCUCUUCUGUGUAGGUAAUUUGCACAGCAACAUAAAGCAGUUUGUCAACCAUAGGCAUUUCAACAGGCUUUUGCCGCUCGUGCACCGUCGAUUGAGACGACCACUUCAUAGGUACGUAAUCUGAUUAAUAUGUAGAUUUCAGCUGAUUCAAUGAUGGUCUUAUCUUUUCUAAAAUUAAUAUACAGUAUAAUUAUAGUACCUGCAUGGUGGAAACCAAACUAUAAUAAUUUUCGUUGUAGACAUGCAUUUUCACAUAUGAUCAAUUUAAAUGAUCUUGCACAUGAGGGGGCUCCACAAAACACUUAUCAAGAAGACACAGCCUUGGAGGAUAGAUUAGCUUUGGAAGCUGAGGAGGACAAAAAGAUUGGAUCACAAUAUCCAGACGAUACUGAUUACACAUUCUCUCGAUCUUCGCUGACAGGUCGAGAUGCUACACAGGUAUUAUGAAGAAUUACCACUAUGGUAUGUGGUUGUAUUAUCUAUCUUUUCUUUGCACUCCUCGUCCAUUAUAUAUGUAUCCUUUGAGAACAUGCCGUCAAAACAUUAUUUCUCAACGGUUUUCCCACUCCUCUUAAUCGUUCUGUUCCCUCCUAAUUGAUGGUUGGAUGCGCAAUACUCUCAUGUGAGAUUGAACAGUGGGGUUUUUCAUCCUAGGUUUAAUUUGUUGCAGUGCCCGCAAUAAGUAGUUGGACAGUUUUCAUGAGUAAUAUAUAUGACACUUUCACUACUUCAGGGAAAGUCAUUGCUAAGUACACGUUAGUUGUAAUUUUAUUCUGUUUUUGAUCCUCUAGAACAUUCAAAAUCAAGUAGCAAGAGAGAGUGCUCGAGAGCUUAAAGAAAUACAGCAGCAAAUCAAUGCUGAAUCGCAAAAUUCACUAGGCAAGACAACGAUGGGUGACCCGGCUGCCAUGUUUCAUAAUCCCGCGCCUCAACAUGCAGGAGCUCAGCAAAAACCUCAAGCACGUAAUGGCAUGAUGGAACUACAAGCAGGUAAGAUGCCUUUUGCUGGUCAUUGGACAUUAGUGUUUGCAAUUAUUUUUGCAACAGUGUAAAUUCAUAGAGUUGAUUAUUCUGCGUUUUUGUUCCAGUUAUGUGUGCCUUUUGCCUUCGGUAGGAAAUUCAGUAUACACGUAACGUCAUAAAAAUGUACAAUGGCCUUGUGCAAGGGCCUUCGCUCGAAACGUCGAGUUUCUGCUUGUUUUUUUCAGGAAGCAAUAUAACCACUCAGCACUACAAUAAGAUAUCCGGCUUGAAACGAUUUUUUUUUCUGUGUUGGUUUUAUGUACUCAGGUGACUAUGAUGUUUGUGAUGUUACUCUGAGUGUAUAUUCACACCGGGUAAGCUUGAAAAAUAUGCCUGCCAACGGUGGGAAUCGAACCUACGACCUUUGGAAUACUAGCCCAAUGCUAGUAACCUGCCAACUGAGCUACACGGUCAGGUCGGUUUUUGUAUGUGAUAUUUCGGAACUGAGUCUAGUUCCUUCGAUAUCAAUGCAAUCUUGUAAUCAUGAUUUUUUUCUGUCUUGGUUUUAUGUACUCAGGUGAAUAUGAUGUUUGUGAUGUUACUCUGAGUGUAUAUCCACCCCGGGCAAGCUUGAAAAUAUGCCUGGCCACGGUGGGAAUGCACCUACAACCUUUGGAAUACUAGAUUGAUAUCGAAGGAACUAGACUCAGUUCCGAAAUAUCACAUACUCGAACCGACCUGACCGUGUAGCUCAGUUGGCAUAGCAUUGGGCUAUUAUUAUUCCUAAGGUCGUAGGUUCGAUUCCCACCGUGACCAGGCAUAUUUUUCAAGCUUGCCCGGUGUGGAUAUACACUCAGAAUAACAUGACAAACAUCAUUUUCACCUGAGUAAAAACCAACACAGAAAAAAAAUCAUGAUUACAAGAUUGCAUUGAUAUCGAAGGAACUGGACUCAGUUCCGAAAUAUCACAUACUCGAACCGACCUGACCGUCUAGCUCAGUUGGCAAUUGGGCUAGUAUUCCAAAGGUCGUAGGUUCGAUUCCCACCGUGGCCAGGCAUAUUUUUCAAGCUUGCCCGGUGUGGAUAUACACUCGAGUAACAUCACAAACAUCAUAUCUUGAAACGAUGAGAAAACUUGAAACGUCGAUCAUGCGCUCUUUCUGUUGUGAUGUAAAAUCUCUAAAUCCAUCUGCACGACAUUUUUCCCAUCAGAAAUUCUUGUUUAUAAUGACCGACUAUCAGUAGUAUAUUUUUACUAUAUAAUUUGAGUAAAAUACUGUAUAAUGUUAAUACUAAAAACUGUAUAUUUUAGAAGUAUACUAUUUUACUAAAGUAUUUGACAUUUUCAUUUUUCUACAGGCUUGAACCACGCUCUAACGAAUGCAGAUAGUAUGAACAGCGAUCCAAGACUUAUGAGUUCGCAACUGAAUAAUGAAGAAGGUAAUUCAAUUGGCGGAAGUUCCUUUACCGGACUGGGUGAAGAGAGACAACUAGGUGGUAUGGAAUCGAAUAUGGCCGGGAUCCAAUCCAUGGAAAAUCCAGGACAAACAGAACAGAUGGGAGACGGACAGGCUAGUAUGGAAGGACCACAAGGAGGUAAGACGUUCUGGGAUUGAUAAAACGAAUUACGUUUGUCUUGCUUUCUGGUGCAGAGACGUAAACGUGUGAAAUACAUUUUGUACGUAGUGCCUGCUUCGUCUACACGCGCGUUUUCUAAACCAUUAUUCGCGUUCAUUAUUUCCUUGAAUGGUAUGGCGCAGCAAAUCAUCUCCAACUCCUCAAUUUUGACUUGACCAUACUCUAAACUCCUUUAGUUCACAACCUUGAAAAAUAAACAUGCCUGGUUAGUGGUUACCAUUGUUCUAGCUAACGAGAGUAUAUAGACAUGCGCAAAUGUUAAUAUUUGCCUAGGAAUUUCAUUAAUUAUCAAAUUUGCUAAGAUAAAAAAUAGCCCAGUAAUUGAGGAGUAUUGUUACUAGUUAUACUACUAUAAUAAAUACAGUCAUUGACUUGCUAUGAUUACUAUUACGUUUACUACCAAGAUUACUACUGUAUACAUCUUACUGAUAAGUAAAUACUAAGAUUUGUGUUAGAAAUUGUGAAUUUGGUAUGAACGAGCAUUAAUCCUAGGGGUGUUAGUGUCCAUAUGUUUUGCUUCUCAUUAUGAAAUUUAAUUUCUAUUAUAGAAAGCAUACAAUCUGCAGCAUCAGCUUUAGCAGCUGGUGCAGGGCAAGCAGCGUUCGGUAAUCCCAACCAAGGAAUAUCUAAUGAUGUGGGUGGUCUUGGUGGACCUGGAGGACUUGGUGGACCUGCAGGACUUGGAGGACCAGCAGGACUUGCAGGAGCUGCAGGAAUGGAAGGUGCUAGUCUUGGUAAUGGAGCUUUAGAAAGUGGUUCGUUAGGUGCAGGGGCAGGUAGUCUAGGUGGUGCCGGUGGAAUGAUGCUUGGAGGAAAUGGUCUUAUGGGAGGGAGUAUGAAGAAGGUAUGUGAUGUUUGAAUAUGACUUUUUCAUCAAUUGCGAUGCCAUCUAUAUAGCUAGGGUCGUGAUCUGGUAUAGCCUACCCAGGUACACUAUACAGUAAAUGUCAGAUUAAAGAAGCAGUUUGCUUCGUAUAAUGGUAUACCAUGCAAAAUGUUCAUUUGUUGAAGUUUUUUAUUUAACUUUUUUGUAGUCAAAAAUCAACAAAAGUAGAACCACAUAAAUGUGAUAAUGGAGAAAUACGGUCGAUGCUCGUUUGUUUUUGAAUCGCUGAUCCUUGACGUUUCAAAAGAGGCUGAUUUGGAUGUUAAACGGAACCAUACAGCAUUUUUGGGAAAUAAUUCAUUAUUUGUGUAAAUAUAUAGCGUAACAAUGCUUAUAUAUGUAGUGUAUAUAUUAUCAAACACAAUUAGUGCAACUUAGCAUAAAUUAAGGCUGAUUAACACUAUCAAAGUUUCGUUUAGCAAGUACUGAUCUCUCGAAAACUUUGGUAAAAACACACAGUCUUGACGUAAUAUUUCAAAUCCGACUGUGAGGACUGGACUAGAUUUCAAGUCCGCGCAAUUUGAUCAAGUCCGAGGCGAAGCCGAAGACUGGAUCAAAAUUCGAGGACUUGAAAUCUAGUCCAGUCCGAAUUGGAGGAUUUGAAAUGACAUCUACUUAAUUCAUUUUGAUCCAGUCCAUGGACUGAAUUAAUUUUGAUCAAUGUACUAGACUGGAUCAAUCAGUGGCGUAACGUUAUAUCAGGGGGCCCCCGGUUCAAAAUUUUCGAAGACCCCCCUAGUAGAGGUGCCAAAGGCACGAGUCGAGCGCCGUAUAUGCACGAGUUUUCUAGGGGGUCCAGGUCAUGCCAUUUCCUGGACUUUGGGGAGAGAUUUUACAGAAUUCUGAUGGUCAUAAAACGACAUUGUAACAUAUCAGAGGCCCUGGCCAAUGUUUUUGCCCUAUUGCCUAAGCCUGGGGGCCCCCAUUUGGGUUGGGGUCCCCCGGGUUCACCCGGUCUGAGCCCAUAGUAGUUACGCCACUGGGAUCAAUGUACUUCAUCAGGUAUCCAGUAUUAUCAUGUGAGCAAAAUAAAGCAAUAUGGUUGGCUACUUUACUCAUGAAUUAUUCAUGAAUUAUUGAUGAGUUUGAGAUAGUAAGAGCCUUCUCGCCAAAGUCGAUUAAUGCGUGAUGUCGAUGCACUGUGAUUGCAAAAAUAAGAUUAUGUAAUCCAGAAUUUGCUCGUGUUUUUUUGAUAAAUUAAGUAAUCGAUGUGAUUAUAUGAUAUUUUAAAAAGCCAAUAUGAAAUUAU